UUAAUAUGACAAAGUACCAACUGAGUCAGACACAUACAGUAGCGCAUCACUAAAUUACGGACAUCACCUGAACGCGUCACACGUUAGGUUACGAUUACCUGAGGAAAACAAUGAGAAAGCAGAUAUUUGACACUCAGGUAGACUCGCGCGGAUUAGAAUGAUUAACAGGCGAUGACAGCGGCAUUAACUCUGAAUUUACACCGAACUUUAGUAAAGGGAACUGUCGUGUAAGCAACGACUCGUUAACAGCCUCAUUGAAUCCAGCAGUUCUUUUUUUUAUUGUAGCGAAAGUGCGUUACCGUGAAUGUCUAAACUACCAGGAAAUGCCGGCGUUUCGGUGCUCGGGGACAAGUCGCUGGAGUUCUACCGGGACCCGGUGCGCUUCUGCCGUCAGAGAGUCGAGAAACACCGGAGCAGAGUGUUCCAGUGCCGCAUACUGAACAGACCGACUGCCUUCAUCUGCUCGGUGCAGGGCAUGAGCGAGCUGCUGUGUGAGAAAUCCAACUUGUUUCUCAAGGAUCCAACUGACUUGAUGACCAACAUGUAUGGUGACACCGUUAUCACCACAAAUGGUGAGGAGGCAUGUCUUCUCCGUCUGUCUCUCUCCAGCCUGUUCACAGGAAGUUGUUUGAAAUCAUCAAAUGAUUAUAUCACCAGUGUGUGUGAGCGCUGUCUGAAGGACCUCUCUAUCAGUGGGAAGCCACAGUGUGUGUACUCUGCCUUUAAGCGUCUGGGGACAGAGUUGGUGUUGGGCCUUUUUCUGAAUGUUCGAGCGGAGGAGCAGCCUGAACUCUUCCAGGAAAUCAGUCAGCUCUGCACCCUGCACUGGCAUGGUCUGAUCUCGGCCCCCGUCAGCCUGAAGGUUCCUCUGUGGUCGUCUGGUUACUCCACAGCUCUGGACGCCAGAGACAAACUGAUGGACAUCAUCAAAGACAAACUGGAGAAUGACAAACAGGGGUUUGUCGGCUCCCUUGGUUCUUUGCCGCUGCCAGACUCCAGUUCUGCCUCCCAGCAUCUCCUGCUGUUCAUCUCAGCUCUGAUCCCUAAAGCUCUGGCCUCGCUGCUCACCUCCUUCACACUGGCUCUCAGUGGAGACCAGCAGACCCGCCGCCGUCUAUUAGAAGACCCUGAUUACCUGCGCUUAGUGCUGCUGGAGGUUCAGAGACUUUGGCCUCCUUUUAUUGGUGGACGAAGAAUAGCUGAUAAGGACUCCACGCUCGCAGGGUUUCAUGUCCCAAAGGAUUACGGGGCGAUCUAUAUCAGCCACUCCGUCCACCGGGACCCGGAGGUGUUCCAGCAGCCGGACGACUUCCUGCCGGAGAGAUGGAGCGGGAGGAACGCAGGCCAGGAGCACUUCCUGUGUUCAUUCGGCAACGGACCAAGAAACUGCAUUGGAACUAAACUUACAGAUGUCUUCCUUAAGGAAGCGUGCAUGUACCUGUUGAAUCACUACGACUGGUGUUUGGACCCGCCAUCUCAGGACCUCGAGUACAAAUGGCUGCCUGUGUCUCGCCCCGCCAACACCCCCACCGUCUCCUUCACCCAACUGGAUCAGACGCCAUCUGACAGGAGCAACGACACCAGCUAGGGAUGCACAGUAUGUUAAGAGGUACUGAUAAAGAAACAGAACAUAUGAGCACAUAAAAGAAAAGAGCUCGAGGCCUGAAUGCCUGUCUAGAAUGUGAAAAUGAAGCUGGAAAAAAAUGUGAACGCACACAGAGGGAUUCCAGAAAACUACAAGGCUUUCCCCUGCUGCCUAUUAUACAGUAAUUGUCCCGGGGAAAGCCGAGGAGUGUUCCGGUUUCACUCUGUGUUCUCCUGCCAGAUAUUUGCAGCUUGAUGAAUCUGCAACGAAGACAACAUAAAUUACCCAUAAUCCUCAUUCCAUUGUUGAAUCUGACACUGCUAGACAGCAUUUUUUGGUCUGUAUAUAAAUUAGUAAUUUAUUAUAAUUAAAAGAUCAACAUUAUUAAAUGUUGUAUAUUAGACUUUUAGUUUUACUGCGAUUCACCUUCCUUUUUAACGUGGUGAAGAGAUUGAAAUAACCUCCAAAUUGCUUUUUUAUGGUAGAAAUCAUAUUUUCCCCCCAGUAUCAAUAUUUAAACCAAAAAAAGUUAAUGGAAACACACACACACACACACACACACACACACACACACACACACACACACACACACACACACACACACACACACACACACACACACACACACACACACACACAGAGGUAAGCCCUCUGACUUCAUACCUAACUGCAAACCUGUCUCCCCUCCCCCUUCCACCACCUAGCAACCAACACUGCCUAGCAACAGUUCGUCAUACUGACACUGACUUUAGUAUGCAAAUCUCACACACACACACACACACACACACACACACACACACACACACACACACACACACACACACACACACACACACACUGACCUGGUUAUUUUUGAUAGCAGUUGUCAGUGAUACACUCACCAUCUGAAUCACAUGUAAAUAUGAGAGUGUUUGAGAGCGCACGCCUACAUUUAAAAUAACCUUAGUAACCCUCGAUGAUUUUUAUUAGAACAUGAAUCAUAAACUAAUCGCAGUUUCUGCUACAGUGAACAUUCGUUAUAUUAUUUAACUUAUUGUGUUUGUUUGCAUACUUAUUUAAUUGCUUUUAAUAUGAUUGUUUAUGUUGUGUUAUGGUUUAAUGUACAGUAUGAGCCAGUGUAACAUUAUAUUAGUUAGUGUGACAUCUCAACUAUUAUUCUACAAAAAAUAAAUGUAAAGUAAUUCA